ACUGAGCCAGAGAAUUGGAGAGUAGAGAGCGGGGCUAGAAAAUUGACUAGGUACUUUGGUGAAGCCUCGAUUCCAAACCCUCCCACUUCCCCCCUCCCUGCCCGAGAACUUUUCUUUGGAGAAGAGAAAGAGCACCCACUUUUUCUCUCUCUUUUUCUCUCUCGAUUUCAUUCUGUUCCUUGAAUCUCCUAACUUCGAGCGGGUGGCGGCGGGCUGGACACCCCCCAGCUGCCCCACAGAUCUUUGCAGCAGGGCGCCUUGGCGGUCUCGGGAGCUUGAGGUGCAGCCAACUGCUCCAUCUCCGGCCAGUUGAGGCGAGAGGACCCCACGCCUCCCGCCUGGCAGUGCCUUGGGUCACAGCCCCGGCUCUCCUUUUCUCGUAACCCGCCCCCUCCCUCGGGCUGUCGCAUGAAUCUCCUCGACCCCUUCAUGAAGAUGACCGACGAGCAGGAGAAGGGCCUGUCUGGAGCCCCCAGCCCCACUAUGUCGGAGGACUCGGCGGGCUCUCCUUGCCCCUCGGGCUCAGGCUCGGACACUGAGAACACCCGGCCCCAGGAGAACACUUUCCCCAAGGGCGAGUCCGAUCUGAAAAAGGAGAGCGAGGAGGACAAGUUCCCCGUGUGCAUCCGGGAGGCAGUCAGCCAAGUGCUCAAGGGCUACGACUGGACCCUGGUGCCUAUGCCCGUGCGAGUCAACGGCUCUAGCAAGAACAAGCCACAUGUCAAGCGGCCCAUGAACGCCUUCAUGGUGUGGGCGCAAGCGGCUCGCAGGAAGCUUGCGGACCAGUACCCGCACCUGCACAACGCCGAGCUCAGCAAGACUCUGGGCAAGCUCUGGAGGCUGCUAAACGAGAGUGAGAAACGGCCUUUUGUGGAAGAGGCAGAGCGAUUGAGGGUUCAGCACAAGAAGGACCACCCAGACUACAAGUACCAGCCUCGGAGGAGGAAGUCAGUCAAGAACGGGCAGGCGGAGCAGGAGGAAGGUACUGAGCAGACACACAUCUCGCCCAAUGCCAUCUUCAAGGCGCUACAAGCUGAUUCUCCGCACUCCUCCUCUGGCAUGAGUGAAGUGCACUCCCCUGGGGAGCAUUCUGGACAGUCUCAGGGCCCACCUACCCCACCCACCACCCCCAAAACUGAUGUGCAGGCAGGCAAGGCUGACCUGAAGAGAGAGGGACGCCCCCUGCAGGAAGGGGGAAGACAGCCCCCUAUUGAUUUCCGAGAUGUGGACAUAGGGGAACUGAGUAGUGAUGUCAUCUCUAACAUCGAGACCUUUGACGUUAAUGAAUUUGACCAAUAUCUCCCACCCAAUGGCCACCCAGGAGUCCCGGUUACUCAUGGCCAGCCUGGUCAGGUUACUUACACGGGGAGCUAUGGCAUCAGCAGCACCUCUGCCCCCCCUUCUUCGUGGAUGUCAAAACAGCAGCAGCCUCAGCAGCCCCCACCUCCACAACAGCCUCCUCCACCACCACCUCAGCCUCCUCAGGCCCAGCAGCAGCCGACACCCCAGCAGCAGCAGCAGCAAUCAGCCCAGCAGCCACAGGCACCAUCUCAGCCCCAUACCCUCACUCCUCUGAGCAGUGAACAGGGCCAGUCGCAGAGAACACACAUCAAGACAGAGCAGCUCAGCCCCAGCCAUUACAGUGAACAGCAGCAGCAUUCCCCGCAGCAGAUCCCCUACAAUCCCUUCAGCCUGCCUCAUUACAGCCCCUCCUACCCUACCAUCACUCGCUCCCAGUAUGAUUACACAGACCACCAGAACUCCAACUCCUAUUAUAGCCAUGCUGCAGGCCAGAGCUCCAGCCUUUACUCCACGUUCACCUACAUGAACCCUGCCCAGCGACCCAUGUACACCCCUAUUGCUGACACAACUGGAGUCCCUUCCAUCCCCCAGACCCACAGCCCACAGCACUGGGAACAACCGGUCUACACGCAGCUCACCAGACCAUAAGAAGAAUAAGAAAAAAAUAAUAUUCUUAAUUAAAAAAAAAACAGCAGCAAUAAAAUCACCUUCGGACAUUUGCUUUUUUUUUAUUAUUAUUCUUCAAAGACUCUAAAGGCGACGGCAACAAUGAACACAAACCAGAGAAGUUGUCCAAAUGCACUAGAGCCUUCUCCAGAAUCAGUGGCCAGACCACUCCCCAUUGGUAGACCAGCAGAACUCACUACAGUCAUUCCAGAACUGGACUUUAAAUGUUCUUCAAGGCAAGCACAGAGAUUGAUGGAGAAUCAUAUAGCCGCUGUAGUUCAGUCUUUCUUUGCCUGUGCUUGGACUUUGUAAUUAUUUUUUAGCUGUAAUUAAAGAAAAAAGAGUCCUCUGUGAGGAAUAUUCUCUAUUUUAAAUAUUUUUUAGUAUGUACUGUGUAUGAUUCAUUAUCAUUUUGAGGGGAUUUAUACAUAUUUUUAGAGAGAAUUUUUUAAAUGCUCUUAUUUUUCCAACAGCUAAAACUACUCUUUAGUGAAAGUAUGCCCUAGCUUUUCUUGAAGUCAGAGGUAUUUUUGUACAGAUAUGUCUUCUCUUAAAAUUGUAUGUGUGUCUGUGUGCAUUAACCCCAAAACAGAACCCUUGUCUCGUGAUCAGUGUUGGGGGUUAGCGUUCCUCAAUUCUAAAGUCUGUAAGAUUCAAGGUGAGGCUGCCUCAAAAGAAAAAAUUUAAAAGGCCUUAUUUUUUAGUAUGGAAAUAAAGACAGGAAUCUGGAGGAGCCUUGGGUAAGUUUUGCUUUUAUUUUUUUAAAAAGAAAAAUACCUUGAGCCUUAAAAUCAUGCUACUAGGAAUAGUUCACAUGGUCUUUGGGUGGGUUUUCUCCAUGCAGUCUUUAGAGAAAAGUUACCAGAGGCAGGCACCGAGGGAGUCAAAAACAGCUUCCUGGGAAGUCUCAAUAGCAAACUUAAGUGCCCUCAAAUACCUUCUCUACUCCCUUCUCUGCCCAGGUACCAUAUGCUGGAGGCCACUCCUAAACCAUCUUCUAAACCCCCAAAUGCAAACAGUAUACCUUUAAGACAUUCCACAUGCUACAAUUAUUUAUUUUGUAAGAAAAGAGGUUUUAAUUUUAAAAAAUUGAUCUUCCUCUUUUAAAAAAAAACUUUUAAAAUUAGUAGGUUGUUGGAGCCUUCCUUGAAGGGUAUGGUCACCUAUUGUUAAAUUAUGGCCUUAACUGUAACCAUUUUUUUAUUUAUCUCUUUAUUCUUUUUAAUUAUUAUUAAAAAAAAAACAAGUUUCUUUGGGAUCUGUGUCCUAGGUUUGUACAAAUACAUUUUCCUUUUCUUUUUGUUUUUUUAAAA